CUUUAUUUUUGGUUUAGUGUGUUUAGCCGAUCUUCUUUAUGGGGAACACUGUGGUAUAAAAAGGCCUCGCCGGAAACGGAACGGCCUCUUCUAGUGAUCCAAGAUGGCGGAACAGGGUGAGAAGAAGGAGAACCCUAUGAAGGAGCUCCGCAUCCGCAAGCUCUGCCUGAACAUCUGCGUGGGUGAGAGUGGUGACAGACUGACCAGAGCUGCCAAAGUGCUGGAGCAGCUCACAGGACAGACGCCCGUCUUCUCCAAAGCCCGCUAUACUGUGAGAUCAUUUGGUAUCCGCAGAAAUGAAAAGAUCGCUGUCCACUGCACCGUCCGGGGAGCUAAAGCAGAGGAGAUCCUGGAGAAAGGAUUGAAGGUUCGUGAGUACGAGUUGAGAAAGAACAACUUCUCCGACACAGGAAACUUUGGCUUUGGCAUCCAGGAACACAUCGAUCUGGGCAUCAAGUACGACCCCAGCAUUGGUAUCUAUGGUCUGGACUUCUAUGUGGUCCUCGGCAGGCCCGGCUUCAGCAUCGCUGACAAGAAGCGCAAAAGAGGCCGCAUUGGUUUCAAACAUCGCAUCCGUAAAGAGGAGGCCAUGCGCUGGUUUCAGCAGAAAUACGAUGGCAUCAUUCUCCCUGGCAAGUAAAGGAAAUCCUCUUGAUCUUGUUUGUAACAAAGUAAUAAAAUUAUAAAAAACAACAAAA